CUUUUUAAACGUCAUUUAUUAUUGUUUUUAUUGAUUUAUUUUAAUACUUAUUCAGAUAUAUAUGAUACAUUAAUCUCAUUUUGACAGCUUUUCUCUUUAGAAUAUUUUUAAAGCGUCUCUGUCUCUUUAAAAGCACAGUUCCCCCCCCCCGCAUAUUUACAUUUCGCGAGAUUUCCCAUGGCCUCGCGAGACUUGGCGUGACCCCCGUUUGCGAGACGCGCGUUUCCCCCGCAGAGGAGCACGCACAAACGCCCCCGACGCCCCCCAAACAUACGCACUUUCCGCGCUCGCUCUGCUCUUGACGCUCGUCGGUCGUUUGGCGCGGAGCGACGAUGUGGAUUCAGAUCCGGACGAUCGACGGCAAAGAGACGCGGACGGUGGAGGAUCUGUCGCGCCUCACGAAGAUCGAAUCGCUGCGCGUCAAGAUCCGCGACAUCUUCAACGUCAGUCCCGAGCAGCAGAGGCUCUUCUACCGAGGAAAGCAGAUGGAAGAUGGUCAGACGCUCUUCGAUUACAACGUUGGUCUUAACGACAUCGUCCAGCUUCUCAUCCGCUCACAGACGGACCCCCCGGAUAGCCCCUCCCUCAACAACGGUGAGGGUGUGGCCUGUGCCGUAGCCCCGCCCACCGCAGCAUCUGUCCCCACCUCAGCCACACCCACCACACCAGUCGUUUCCCCGGCAACCAUCGCCAACAGCAACGGAAACGGGUCCAAACCCUGUAGUCCGGUGUCUGACAGCGAGCCGUCCACAUCCAGCCGGACGCUCCUCAUCGAUCCCGGGAUCGGACUCUUCAAAGUGAAUGAGUUAGUGGACUGCAGGGACGUCAGCAUCGGCGCCUGGUUCGAAGGCGUGAUUGAGAAGGUCUCUCCUGCAUCUAAAGCACAGAACAGCAGAGCUAGGGUCGGCCGGCCCAGCAAACGCACUAACAACAAGCUGGAGCCGGAGACGAGCGCCGCCCCUUCAUCAUCAUCAUCAUCAUCCAGCACAGCGCUAAACUCAGACGGCAGCGAACCGUCAACAUCCAAAACGGAUCCGGCGCACGUCUCCUACCACAUUAAAUAUGAAGAUUAUCCGGAGAACGGCGUGGUGGAGAUGAGCGCGGGUGACGUUCGUCCGAGGGCCAGGACUCUGCUGCGCUUCGACCAGCUGCAGGUGGGUGACCUGGUGAUGGUUAACUAUAACCUGGAGAAUCCCGAGGAGCGAGGCUUCUGGUACGACGCCGAGAUCACGGCCCUCAACGCCGUCUCACGCACCAACAAAGAGAUCCGCGUCAGGAUUCUGCUGGGAGGACCAGGUGAUGUGAUUGGUGACUGUAAGCUGCAGUUUCUGGAUGAGAUUUACGGGAUAGAGAAACCUGGAGCGCCGGGGCUGUCUGCAGCAGACGGCCCAUUCAAACGUAAGUCGGGUCCGGAGUGUAAGCACUGUAAAGCGGAUCCGGACGCUGAGUGUCGUUUCUGCUCGUGUUGUGUGUGUGGAGGGAAGCAGGACGCUCACAUGCAGCUGCUGUGUGACGAGUGUAACAUGGCCUUCCACAUCUACUGCCUGACCCCGCCGCUGACCUCCAUCCCCGAGGACGAGGACUGGUACUGCCCCACCUGUAAGAACGACAGCAGCGAGGUGGUCAAAGCCGGAGAGAAACUCAGAACCAGCAAGAAGAAAUCCAAGAUGCCGUCAGCGACCACAGAGAGCCAGAGAGACUGGGGCAAGGGUAUGGCGUGUGUGGGCCGCACUAAAGAGUGCACAAUCGUCCCCUCCAAUCACUACGGCCCCGUUCCCGGCGUUCCCGUGGGAACCACCUGGAAGUUCCGUGUUCAGGUGAGUGUGGCGGGCGUCCACAGGCCUCACGUCGGUGGGAUUCACGGACGCAGUAACGACGGCUCGUACUCGCUGGUGCUCGCUGGAGGAUUCGAGGAUGAAGUUGACCGGGGCGAUGAGUUCACCUACACCGGCAGCGGAGGUCGCGACCUUUCAGGAAACAAGCGUAUCGGCGAGCACUCGUUCGAUCAGACGCUCACACACAUGAACAGGGCACUGGCACUCAACUGUGACGCGCCUCUGAAUGACAAGGACGGGGCGGAGUCUCGCAACUGGAGGGCGGGAAAACCAGUGAGAGUGAUUCGCAGCUCGAAGGGCCGACGGAUCAGCAAAUACGCACCGGAGGAGGGUAACCGCUACGACGGCAUUUAUAAGGUGGUGAAGUACUGGCCGGAGAUCGGGAAGUGUGGCUUCCUUGUGUGGAGAUACCUGCUGCGGCGGGACGAUGUGGAGCCGGCACCCUGGACUCCGGAAGGGAUCGAGCGCAGCAAGAAACUCGGCCUGAAAGUCCAGUAUCCUCCCGGUUAUCUGGAGGCCAUGGCCAAUAAGACGAAGCGCGAGGCGACGGUGCGAUCGGUGGGCGGCUCGACGCGCGGCUCGACGCGCGGCAGGAAGAGAGGACGACCCCGACGA